GCACCAUCCCCAAGAGCUUGUGGAGCCCACUAGCUGGUUACAGGAGCUGAACAUAUCCCAAGGGAUCUUCAAGCAGAGGGAGCAGCACAGGCAGCCUGCCCGGGAGCCAACAUGGAGCAGAAGAUCAGCUCCUUCUUUAAUUCCAUCUUGGAGCUCAUCCGUACCAAGCAUGAGGAAGGGAUCUUCAACACUGUCUGCCUGGCUGUGCUGUUGGGUCUGCCAUUUGUCGUCCUCAUUGCAUUCAUUUUCAUCUGCUGCCACUACUGCUUCUGUAGCCGGCGGAGAGAAAGCAGGAAAAAAGGUGGCCCCAGCAGCAAUGGGCAGCUGAAUGCUGAGAGGAACAAGAAGAAAAAGAAAAAGAAGAGGGAUGAAGAGGACCUGUGGAUCUCUGCUCAGCCCAAGAUGCUCUUGCUGGACAAAAGACCUUCCUUGCCCAUCUAGUGGACAGAAGGGCGUAGAGGCCCUCUCCUCUGAGAUGCCACCAGUCCUUUCAGCUCUGCACUGCAAGGGGCAAGGAGAUGCCAAAGCUGCUGCCACUUUAUGUUGACUUUCAAAAGAGGCUGAGCUCAGCAGCCAGCCAGCAUGUUGAAGAGCCAGCAGAGAGCAAGGCAGUCAGGCACAGGUAUAUGCAAGCCCCUUCUCCCCCACCAUGACAGUGUGCCUGAGAGCAGAACCCCCAAACAACAGGCAUGCAUAUAAUCAAGUGCUCUGCUGAGCACAAGGGUGACCUGCCACCAGACUGUAUGUACCUCCCACCAUAAGCACAGCACACAUGCACUGGGCUGGCAUGCAGUGAGCUGGGUGUGAGGCUCUCUCUCUGCACUUGUAUGCAAGCACAUGCACUGUGGCACUGACAAGGGUGCAUAGGACCACAUGCACAAAAAGACCGAGCUGCCUGCACACCCCCCCUGCACAAAUACAGACAGCCACAUGGGAAGCAAGCACAAGCAUGGUGCAUUUGCUUGCCCUGCCACAGAGAUAGCACAACUUGACUGUCUAGAUUUCAUCCAAACCCAGCUUACACUGGAGACGCAAAGAAAGCCAAGUGCAGAGUUACCCAACAGCUCAACAAUGUGCCAUCUCCCUGGCCACCAAAACAAAGGCAGCUGCGAACAUCUGAAGAUGCCUUCAGCCCAGCCUUAGAGACCUCAAGACACCAUCUUAACAGAGCAAAGCAGAAGGAUGCAUUGCC